UUUGUGCGAACUGGACACUGUAAUGAGGGGCGUGUCCACAAAAAAGGGGCGUGGUCAUAGAUUUCCUGCGCUCCUCUUUCUAAAAAUGUUGGGAAGAAAGCUUAAAGUGCUUUUCAAAGUCCCUCUUAUUUUAAAGAGAGGGGUGUGGGCAACAUUGGAGAGUGCCCCUCCAGUUGCAGCGAUUUGCAUGACAAAGACAGAGCAGACAGUCGUUCCUUGGCGACACCGGAGUCGCUGGUGUUCCAGUCCAUAAGCCGCACGUGUCGCUGUCUGCUGUGACGGUGCUGAAAGCUCUCAUGCGAUUAUUCAUCAUCAGAACAGACGGAGACAGCGAUUCCUCCGUGUCGGGGCAACUUUCCUCCGCUCUCCCCAGCGACAGCGGCUCCUGGCAAUGAAUUGGUGUAUGUAUUUAAAGGCUACAAUUAACUCUUCAUUGUAACUGAUCUGCCUUAAAUCUCCCAAUGCUGCCGCAUCUCUUCUGCGCGGAGAUCCCAGCUGCCAGCGAGGAAGGGGGUCUGGCAGUUGGGUCUCAAAGUGUCAUCAAAGUCUUCCCCUCCUGCUCUAUCCGCGAUAAUGAUAAUGAUUCCGACUCAGCUCUUUCCUUGGACUCCAGUGUGUUCUGCAGCGAGCACUGUCCGGCACCCCGGGAUCAUUUAACCAUCAACGUCGGGGGGAGGCGAUUUAUUCUGUCGCAGAAGGUCCUCUCCAACCACCCAGAGACGCGCUUGGGACGCUUGUCCUCCUCUGUUGGGCAGGAGGUGUAUGAUCUGUGUGAUGAUGCCAACUUAUUGGACAAUGAGUAUUUCUUUGACCGCAGCUCCCAAAUGUUUGAGUACAUCAUGAACUUCUACAAGACUGGGCACCUUCAUGUCAUGGAAGAGCUUUGUGCCGUGUCCUUCCUGCAGGAGAUCCAGUACUGGGGCAUUGAUGAGCUGAGCAUAGACCUUUGCUGUAGAGAGAGAUAUUAUAGGAAGAAGCUCAUGAGUGAGUCACUAGACAUAAAGAAAGAUGAAGAAGAUAUUGAGGCUGAAGAAGAAGACUUCUCUGGUGUGGUCUUGGAACAUUUCCGACAAACCUUAUGGGAUAUCUUGGAAAAACCUGGAUCUUCUGUGGCCGCCAAGACCUUUGGGAGCCUUUCUAUGACAUUCAUUGUCGUCUCCAUAGCCAACAUGGUGCUGAUCUCGUCCGAGGUGAACUCUAUAGACGCCCCUCUGCUCAACGCCCUGGAAUAUGUCUGCAUCACUUGGUUCACCCUGGAGUUGGCCCUGAGGUUCCUGUGUGUGCGAGACAAGUGCCGCUUCUUGAGGAGUGUGGUGAACAUCAUAGACAUGGUGGCCAUCUUACCCUUUUAUAUCACCCUCAUAGUGGAGAACUUGUAUGGGGAGAGCACAGAGCUAGAGAACGUGGGGAGAAUUGUGCAGAGUCUAAGGCUUCUGAGGUCCUUGAGGAUGCUGAAACUGGGAAGGCAUUCAACAGGGUUAAAGUCUUUAGGAAUGACAAUUGCUCAGUGCUACGAAGAAGUGGGCCUGUUGCUUCUCUUUCUUUCUGUGGGCAUCUCCAUAUUUUCUGCUCUGGAAUAUGCUGUGGAACACAAUGUCCCUGACACAACAUUCACAAGUGUACCUAAUGCCUGGUGGUGGGCAACAACUUCUAUGACUACAGUGGGAUUCGGAGAUAUCAGACCAGACACAACAUUUGGCAAAAUUGUGGCUUUUCUGUGCAUUUUGUCUGGAAUAUUAGUAUUAGCACUUCCUAUUGCAAUCAUUAAUGACCGCUUUGCGGCUUGCUAUUUUACUUUGAAAAUCAAGGAAGCGGCUCUCCGGCAACGGGAAGCUUUGAAAAAACUGAUGAAGAAUAUAUCGGCAGAAUCGGACACUAAUAUGAACUUGAGGGACAUCUACGCUAAAAGUGUCAUGGAAAUGCUGCGGCUAAAGGGUAGAGAGCGGGCGAGUACAAGGAGCAGCGGUGGAGAUGAAUUUUGGUGAACUCCCAAUGAUUCUCAGAAGAUGUAAGGAGAAAAAUUAGGUGACACUAAUUCCAAAAUGUAAAAGGGACUUUAUAAUGUGCUGAUUGUGAUUUUCUUACCACAUUUUUUAACAAAAAAUAAUGUUUUUAAUUAUUGGCAGCAGGUCCGAACUGGAAGAAAAAUGGGAAAAAACCUGGUGGCAUUGGCUCCCUUGGUCCUGCUGAUCCAAUCAAGCCUGAGACCUCGGGUACUGCCUCCUGAUCUCUACAAUGGUUGCUGUAUCACCUCAUCAGGCUUCCCCAGCUCAGUGGGUUCAAUACAGUCCACUCCCAGUCGGGUCAGACUGAACCAAAGGGACCCCAGGAAAAAAACGCUGUGCUGUAACUAUUGUGGGUCCCACUGAUUCAGACAAGCCUGAGAACCUGGGUACUGCCUCUUGACCUUCACCCCGAUUAUGGGUGCAAAGGAGGGGGUGUGUUGCUUCGGGUGGACCUCAUAGCUGGGGCGAGGGGCUCUGGGAGGGUGUUGUGGGCCCUUAGUGGUGGCAGCCCCUAAGAGCCCUGUACCCCCCAGUCUGGCAGUGAGUAUUUUAAGCAUGUUUAUUAUAUUUGAGGGCCUCCAUGACAAAUGUAACACUUGAUUGGUUCAAAAACUGGGCAGGUUACAGGCCGAAAAUGUUUAUUUCUAUAUAAGGGCCACCCCCUAAAGCAGCUGUCCUAGGCACCGGUUCCUAUUUGGUAAAUACAGCCCUGUGAGCUUGAUACUCAUUUUAAGAAGGAAAAAAUGCCAUUCCUCACUUUACCUUUCCCAUAUGUUCUUAGGAGCAGCAAUCAGAUUCACUGGGGGUGGUUUCUAACAUAUGAGCACCUGGUUGGCAGGCCCCCCGCAGAAAAACUUACAUAGGGGCCAGCAUGUACACCAAAUCUUUGACCUCCCCACCUAACCCCUUGUGCUCAAAUUUUAGCAGACAGAAGUGGCUGCAGAGGGGAAAUUUAUAUGCAGCCCUCUGUCCUUCUGGCUCCCCCACGACCACAUGAUCUGCUGCCACUGUUGCCACCCCCUUGUGAAUCCAGGUUAAUAUUAUCUUUAAAUACAGUCAUGGAAGCGCCAAUCUGUAAUAAACAUGCAUAGAAUAAAUAUACAAAACCACUAGCCUGAGAGUAUUAACAUACAAUUAACUGAAGUUCAAACAGGGAUGUUGUACAAAAUAUUUAUACACAAUCAAUACAUGAUUGAAAACAAGAAUUUGAAUAUUCUUACUUUACAUGUUGUAUAAGUACGCCUUGCUUUCCUUCAUGUCUUUGUGACUAGUUUGGCUUAUUUAUUAUGUAUUGUGCAUUAAAUACAACGCUACAUACACACAUCACAGCUUAUGUAACAUUACGUGAUUUGCCCUUAAUUAAAUACAAAAUAUGAGUCACCGCAUUGAGGCUGAAGUACAGCAGGAAGUUCUAUUUGGUGAUAAAUUCCCCAUCAAAAUAUAACUGACAGAUGGUGUAUGUUGUUUUCAGAAGAUCUUUGGUCUUUUCUUUGCUUUUACUUUGUGGAAAUGUCACCUGAUAAGGUUACAACUGCUCUGUGCUUGGUUAUUAGAUCCUGGUGUAUGUGCGAUCUGUUUAAGGUUCUUACUGGAAAUUAUACAGAGUAAAUUAAAUCACAUGUGAACAAACACUUUCUUGAUGUACAGUAUAUUAUAGCAUCAUUUUUGGUAGUCUCUGUGUAUUACGAUGUAAAACUCUGAAAAUACAUUUUUGUCCUAAAUAUUAACAAAAAUGGUACAAAAAAUGUAAGGGGAACAUGUUCAUCCACAAGUGCCGUGCAUGAAGUGCAAUUUUGAGCGCAAUCACCGUGUCUUUUCCCACAAAGCAGCAUCUACCCCCAGAAUUUCAGAAUCAUUGUGGUUGCACAGAUUUACCACAACUAUAUAGAAGUGCAAGGAGCACAUUUUAACACAUGGACCUAUGAAAAAACAUAAGCAGUGUGCCUUCUGUCAUUAUGCUUCUAGAAGACCAUUAGGCUACUACCAAAGUAGAAGUUUGCUAUUACUACAUGAAAUUGGACCAGGUAUAGCUUACUCAUAUAAGUGUUGCCUGAAAAUGUGGACUGUUGCAUUUUUAGGAGACAUUUGUGUAGGCAAAUGAAGUUACCUCCAUGGAAACCCAUAGGUGACAAUACUAGCUUAACUGUCAACUAUGUUUCUCUGGGAUAUAAGCUAUGACUUGAUGACAUAAAACUUUAGAUGGCAGUUUGGCUGUCAAACUAAAAAUGUUAUCUGCUGAUGACCUUCUUGAUGCAUGGAUAGGGCAUCAACAGCUGUGGAAGUAUGAGGAGCCAUAGUACAACUUCACUUAUUAUCAGAUCCUCAUGUCAGAUCACACACAAUUCAGACCACAAGGCAUCAUACCAUCACCUGCUAGGGCUCUUAAGGUGGCCAUACACGGAUAUCGGCUGCACUCUUGAUACAAGGUCCAAAAAGAAGAUUCUUCCAUGUUCUAGAAGACUUUUAGGAAGUAGAAAUUUCAGUUUCAAGUGGUUAAUAUGAACUGGACCUCUAGGAUAGUUAACUGGGGUGUCUAGCCUAUAGUUUUUUAGAUCUAUCAAUAGCCCUGAAUAAUUUGAUCCCAAUACAGCACAACUUAGUUACAGAAACAUUGCACUGAAUAUCAAUAUAUUAGGGUUGCCAUGACAGACUUAAUUGUGCCACGACCACAUACUUAUAUCUUAUAUACUCACAUAGAUGGUUAAAUUAGAGUCAACAAUGUUCACUGAAAUUCAAUGACAUGUAAAUUCUAACAGAAAACUGAGUGACAUUAGUCCCAGUUCCACUAUAUAGAACACAGAAGACAGCAAGACAAGAAUAAUUUCCCCUCUGGAGUAUAUAACAUUUAUAUUACUCUAUUAUCUUCAAUGAAUUCUCCUCUGUGCUGUUCUUAAGAUGUCUGAUUCCUGAAUAAGAACGGAAAGAAGAGAAAAGUGAGAUAAAUGAGUGCUGGAGAAAAUAACACAUCAUUUAUUGUGAAUUCUAAUGCCUUGUAUUUCUUACUUUCCUUCCUGAUAAGCAGAUAUUCUAGAAUACGGCUGCAGAUCAGGCUUGUCAUCCAGAAUGUACAGCAAGCUCCAGUUAAUUAAAACCGAUAUAAACAUAUUAAAAAUGUCAUGCUCCAUUGAUUCCUUAAAGCAGCACCAAUUUUAAUGCUAUAAAUGUGUAAUUCAAGGUUUAUGAGUGGAAACCAACCCAUUCACUGGGAACCAUAUUUAUGGGUAAUCAUUUUUAACUCUUUUGGAAUUUCCAAAAUAAAAUGGGUAUGGGUAUUGGAAUCAUUGUUAUAUUUUAUAAGAUUUAAUAAAUGCUAUUUCACCUAAA